CAAAAUAUUCUCGUUUGACCUAAUUAAAGCCUUGUAGUGAUUGUUGUUAUUAAUUUUAUAAUUAUUAAUUAUUAUUAGACCUAGCUGUUAUUAUUGAAACGCCAUUGUCUGCCAGUCAUGUCAUGCUUGGUUAUUUAUUAAUGGUGAAAAGCAGAGAUCCACAGCUAGGUAAAUUAGCUUCACCGUAGAUAAAUAGAUAUAUUUUAUUGAUCCCCAGGGUAACCGGUAAGGUUCCGGGAAAAGUGUGCUGUCGCCUUCGAAGCCAAACGUCAAAAUUUGGCCUGAUAUGUUUAUUUCGUUAUUCAUUUAGCCUUUCUGUCAGUGCCUUGUUUUACUGUUUUUCCAACUCAUAACCCUUAGCCUAUAGCUGGCAUAACGCAUGGAGGACGCAGACAACUGUAUACUGGUUGUUGAUCUAGUUUUUGUCGGAUAAUCAGAAAACCGUAAAAGAGCUCGAGGUACAAAGGAGCGUCAACGUCAGCCGCCACGCGCACUCCCGCGCGGAAAGGCGCCGUCUGAGCGCCGCGCUGACAUGAUUAGUCUGCCGUCGCACAAGGUCCACAGUAUAGCUCUCCCAGGACUAUGACAAAAUGAAUGAAGCCUGACAGCAUAGCAGAGAGUUCGAUAUUGGGUGGGAGGCCAGAUGAGGAGGUGGUGGUGGACCAGGGAGGGACGAGCUCCAUCCUCAACAUCCAUUAUGAGAAGGAGGAGCUAGAAGGACACAGGACGUUGUUUGUGGGCGUGCGCAUGCCCCUGGCACGGCAGAGUCACCGGCACCACCGGCCCCACAGCUCCCGGCACCGCAAGAGGGACAGGAUGAGGGACAGCGUGACACACGAGGAGGAGGAGACCUCAACGGCGUCUCAUGACACCCCGUCUCAGCGUGUGCAGUUCAUCCUGGGGACCGAGGAGGACGAGGAGCAUGUCGCCCAUGAUCUCUUCACUGAGCUGGAUGAGAUCUGUGUGAAGGAUGGCAAAGACGCGGAGUGGAAGGAGACAGCCAGGUGGUUGAAGUUUGAGGAGGACGUUGAAGAUGGUGGCGAGCGCUGGAGCAAGCCCUACGUAGCAACACUGUCCCUGCACAGCCUGUUCGAGCUGCGCAGCUGCAUCAUCAAUGGCAGUGUGCUGCUGGACAUGCAUGCGAACUCCAUCGAGGAGAUCGCAGAUAUGGUGUUGGACCAGCAGGAGGCAGCGCAGGAGCUGGAUGAGAGCAUGCGGGUAAAGGUGCGGGAGGCACUGCUGAAGAGGCACCACCACCAGAAUGAGAAGAAGAGGAACAACCUGAUUCCCAUGGUGCGCUCCUUUGCUGAGGCUGGCCGCAAGCAGUCAGAGCCGCACUCCAUGGACAAGAGUGGUCCAGCUGUUUCUCCUCAGCCAACUUCUUCCAACCUGGAGGUGAAGAAUGGUGUGCACCAGGAGAGCAGUCAGGUGGACCUCAGCAAGGUGGACAUGCACUUUAUGAAGAAGAUUCCCUUGGGGGCAGAGGCGUCCAACGUGCUGGUUGGGGAGCUGGACUUCCUGGAGAGGCCGGUGGUGGCGUUUGUGCGCCUGUCCCCUGCUGUGCUGCUUACCGGGCUGACUGAGGUGCCCAUACCCACUAGGUUCCUGUUUAUUCUGCUUGGCCCAGACGGAAAGGCCCAGCAGUAUCACGAGAUUGGACGCUCCAUGGCCACCAUCAUGACUGAUGAGAUAUUCCACGACGUGGCCUAUAAGGCCAAGGACCGCAGUGACCUGCUGGCAGGCAUCGACGAGUUCCUGGACCAGGUGACCGUGCUGCCCCCCGGCGAGUGGGACCCCUCCAUUCGCAUCGAGCCCCCCAAGAGUGUCCCCUCCCAGGAGAAGAGGAAGACCCCAGCAGUUCCCAACGGGGCGGCCUGUCCGGUGGAGAUUGAGCCACACAGCGAGCAUCAUGGGCCAGAGCUGCAGAGGACUGGCAGGCUCUUCGGGGGACUCAUCCUGGACGUGAAGCGGAAGGCCCCUUUCUACCUGGGUGACUUCCGGGAUGGCCUGAGCCUGCAGUGUGUGGCCUCCUUCCUCUUCCUCUACUGCGCAUGCAUGUCCCCCGUCAUCACCUUUGGCGGCCUACUGGGGGAGGCCACGGGCGGCCGCAUCAGCGCCAUCGAGUCCCUUCUGGGAGCUUCCAUGACCGGUGUCGCCUACUCCCUCUUUGCGGGCCAGCCCCUCACGAUCCUGGGCAGCACAGGACCGGUCCUGGUCUUUGAGAAGAUCCUCUUCAAAUUCUGCAAAGACUACGACCUGUCUUACUUAUCCCUGCGCACCUGCAUUGGGCUCUGGACCGCCUUCCUGUGCCUGCUCCUGGUGGCGACGGACGCAAGCUCCCUGGUCUGUUACAUCACCCGCUUCACGGAGGAGGCCUUCGCCUCCCUCAUCUGCCUAAUCUUCAUCUACGAGGCUCUGGAGAAGCUGGUGCACUUGGGCGAGUUGUACCCUAUCAAUACCCACAGCGACCUGGAGCGCCUCACGCUUUACUAUUGCAGGUGUGCUGAGCCUGACAAUCCCAGUAAUCGGACCCUGGAGUUUUGGAACAAGAGGAACAUUACCGUCUCUGCGGUGCCCUGGGCCAACCUCACCGUCAAGGAGUGCCUGGACUUCCAGGGGCAGUUUUUGGGGACGGCGUGUGGACACCAUGGACCCUACACCCCCGAUGUCCUCUUCUGGUCCGUCAUUCUCUUCUUCUCCACCUGUGCCUUGUCCAGCUUCCUCAAGCAGUUCAAGACCAGUCGCUACUUCCCCACAAAGGUGCGUUCCAUGAUCAGCGACUUUGCGGUCUUCCUCACCAUUGUCAUCAUGGUCCUCCUCGACUAUGUUGUAGGGAUCCCAUCCCAGAAACUGCAGGUGCCCAGCAAAUUCAAGCCGACCCGUGACGACAGAGGCUGGAUCAUCAACCCCAUCGGACGGAACCCCUGGUGGACGGUCCUGGCUGCCUCCAUCCCGGCGCUGCUGUGCACCAUCCUGAUCUUCAUGGACCAGCAGAUCACUGCUGUCAUCAUCAACCGCAAGGAGCACAAGCUGCUGAAGGGCUGUGGGUACCAUCUGGACCUGCUGAUGGUGGGCGUGAUGCUGGCUGUGUGCUCCAUCAUGGGGCUGCCCUGGUUCGUGGCGGCCACCGUGCUCUCCAUCUCGCAUGUCAACAGCCUGAAGCUGGAGUCAGGCAGCUCGGCCCCGGGGGAGCAGCCCCGCUUCCUGGGCAUCCGCGAGCAGAGAGUCACCGGCCUCUUCAUCUUCCUGCUCAUGGGCUGCUCCGUCUUCAUGACUGGGGCCCUGCAGUUCAUCCCCAUGCCGGUGCUGUACGGAGUCUUCCUCUACAUGGGUGCCUCCUCUCUUAAGGGAAUCCAGUUCUUUGACCGCUUGAAGCUGUUCGGCAUGCCAGCGAAGCACCAGCCUGACUUCAUCUACUUACGUCACGUGCCGCUGCGCAAAGUGCACCUCUUCACCGUGACACAGCUCACCUGCCUGGUGCUGCUCUGGGUCAUCAAAACCUCGCGCGCUGCUAUCGUCUUCCCCAUGAUGGUACUCGCCCUGGUGUUCAUCCGCAAACUGCUAGACUUCUGCUUCUCCAAGAGGGAACUGAGCUACCUGGAUGACAUCAUGCCUGAGAGCAAGAAGAAGAAACUGGAUGAUGCCUCUAAGAAGGUCGAGGAGGAGUCAGAGCAGAUGCUGGGACUCGGAGGGGGCAGGGGCAUGGUGCAGAUACAGAUGGAGAGCAGCAAGGCUGCACAGACCCCCAAGAACACGGAUGCCAGGUGUGACCCAUCUGACAUUAAUAUCUCUGAUGAAAUGUCUAAAACUACAGUGUGGAAAGCACUCAGCUCAAAUCACAAGGAGAGCCAACCAAUUCCUACUAAAAAGGAAUGACAGUGACUAACAGAGGAGAGAGGAAACCCCAUCAGGUGCAGGGAUUUGUGGAAUCACCAUGGGGCUAAGGCCAUUGCGAGCUAGGGUUUACCACGGCAGUGAUGACCUCUGGGCCGGACUGACAGCUCUCACCUGCUCACAAACAUCCAAUCAAGCUCUGUCUGUGUUUUACAGCCUACACCUUUCUCCCACAACCCCAAUACGACUCUCCAUCCUUCUAAUACCUGUCUCUUAACUUCCUGUUCACUACGUUAUGGAUUUUACUCAGCCGCCCUCCGCACAGAUCCUUCACAGUCUGUCCGCUCGAAACACUGACACGUUUUCCCAUCCCUCAUCCAUCCCCCCCGUCUGACAGAAGAGGCUUCCAGCGAGACUUCCUGCCGUAUCUUUGCCCAGUUCGUUCCUCGCCAAACGGCAGGCGUGCCGUUCCAGUCACUGACAGCAGCACAGCUUUGUACUGUAGCAGUGUGGGAAGUGGUGGUCCAACCUUUUUGUAUUGUUGUAUAUUUAUUGGUUAUUUUUAAAUGUUCUAUCUCCUGUUUUUUUUAUUGUACUAUUGGUGCUUUUGUUAUUAUGGUGAUGGUGAUGUUCAUUUAGAAUAGCUUCAUUCCAGACCAAUAAGUGAACAGCUGAACGAUCAUAUAGAUCUGUUUCUCCAUUACCUAUCUGACUUAAAUCGGUGUGUUUCGUGCAGUGUAAAUACAUAGUAUAUCCUUGACUGUAUUGAGUUAAAUAUAUGAUCAAAGGAAAAAAAUCUAUAAAGAUGUAUUUAAGGUUAGAAUGUUUUUGAAAGAGGGAAAUGGUGGAACUAUGAGAGAAAUCAUGUGACUACCCAGAAGUCAAAGAACACCAUUUCUGUCCUCAAGCUGCAUUGCAUGGCAUUCAGGAUGCAUGUGGCAGGCUCCAAAACCAUCAGGCUAGAGAGAAGCAAUAAUAAUAAAGCCCAAAAUCAAAGUCCAGACACAUUAGCAAAUGUGUCGUUCUACAUCUGUGAGCCUAAUACAGCAAUAUACUUAAAUUAGAGUGUGACAUUCCACUGAUAUUCCACCAAUGCCUGUAUUCUAUAAGUGUUUCUUGGAAAUUAAAGUUAUCUGCAAUGUGCAGCAAAUUUGGACAGGUUUCAGUCCCAGACCGCCCCAGGUGUUCCACCCUCCAGGGGAACAGUGAUGAAUUCUGUCCUAUUGGUUUGCAUCAUGACCUUUAAUGUGUGUCACUUUAUUCCAAGACAGAUCUAGACAAAAAAAAAGAAAAAGUGCUGGUACAUUUUUCGUCUAAGAAUUUUAAUUUAUAGUAGCACUUUAUGUAGAUAGAGACAAAGAAUAUUUUUAUUUUAUGAAAGUUAAUUUUUUAAUUAUUUAUUAUAAUAAUUUAUUUUGCGAUAAGAAUAUUUCAGGAAUUGGUUUCCGCUGUAAAUACAACAUAAAAUGUAACGUGAUGGCAACAAUAAAAGAACCCACCAACAGAGUUAUAUGAAAUAUGUACAUUUUAAGAUGUAAAUACUUUGAGGUCCUGAGAUGCCGUGUAAGAGGGGAAUGCAUUUUCUACGAUGCGUCUUAAAAGCCAUAACUGUGAGCAGUUUCGCUGAGUUUGAUUGCCCAUUCAAGCAAUGACAGGGAGGGGCAUCCGCGAUUUAGCGAGAAUUUAUAAAUGUUACAGGCUAACAUCUUAAUAGAUCGUUUAUGUAUUUAUCUAUUUGUUUAUUUAUGGGUGUGUAGGACUGUACGUUUUGAGAUUUGAACAGGUUUCGGUCGAUUUCUCGAUUGCCCCAAAUAUUCCAGCUGUCGUAGGGGGAGUAUUUGGUCUUGUCCAUGUCAGCCAACCUACUCUUGCCCUGCACAGACCUGCUAGGUUAUUCAUGGACACAUGCUGUGAUCCGGGAGUCCAAAUUUAAGUGAAAUUCGGAGGGAAACCCUUACCACCACUGGGAAUGUGUUGUGAUUUUUCAGAUGAAAUGAUACACUAAAGCUAUACUCUAAAUGA